AUGUCUAUAACUCCGAUCAUUACGUUUAAAGCAGGUAUCUGUGACUUGGAUACAUCCAGUGAUAGCUCCACAGCUAAGCCAAAGCCUACCCCCGGUUACAUUUAUCUCUAUUCGGAAGAUGAGCUUGUACACUUCUGUUGGCGCCCUCGCUCUGCUCCUCACACGGAGCCUGAAUUGGACUUGGUGAUGGUUCCAUCGGAUGGAACCUUUACUCCCUAUAAGCCAGCUGGGAAUGCGAAUCCUACAAACGGUCGGAUCUACGUAUUGAAAUUCUCAUCCAGCUCUCAACGGUAUCUCUUCUGGCUACAGUCCAAGUCUCAACAUGAAGGGGAAGACCCCAGCUGGUUCAGCCCCAGGGAUCUCAAGCUUGGAGACAUUGUCAACACGCUACUGCAAGGCGAGGAUGUUGAUGUGGAACACGAAAUUGCCAAUCUCCCUAGAGGUCCUGAUGGUGAUGAUGAGACUAUGGAGGAUGUCGAGGGCGUGGACCAUAACCCCAGCCAUAACCACGGUGGCAACAGUGGAGGUGCCGGCCCGGAUGCAACUGGGGGAGACAUUAGAGAAGAAGGCGAGGAAUCGCGGGAGGGUGGUGCUGACGGUGGAAGAGCGGCGGCUGCUGAUUCAGAUCCCUCCUCUGUCGUGCAGAGCUUUUUGCAGUCUUUACAAAGGAAUUCGACCCAGUCUCAGGACCCCGACAGACCGUUUACCACCUUGCAAGAUCUACUACCACCUGCCGCUACGCUACCUUUCCUAGAGUCUGCAGAUGAUAAAACUGUUGAUAAUCUCUUAAGCUUCUUACCGCCUGCAUUGCUCCUCUUGGCGCAAGAUGUUGAGGAUGUGUCUUCUGUUGAUGACCCUGAACUGACCGAAGCCGUCAUGGCAUCUCUUGACCUUUCACAAAAGAAGAAUAUCCUGAGAAAAGUUCUGCACUCGCCCCAAUUCAGCCAAAGCCUUGCCAGUUUGACGGUAGCUAUCAGAGAUGGUGGAUUACCGAGCAUUAGUGAAGCCCUCAAGAUCCCGGUUGAAAAUGGAGGAUUUAUGCGUAGAGGCGGAGUCCCGUUGGGUGGUGGUGAUGCUGUUGAGGCUUUUCUCCAAGGCGUUCGGAAUCAUGUUAAAGACUCGGAUCAGGGAAACCAGAUGGAAACCGAUUGA